AUGGCUCGCCGCCACGACGUCGACGUCAACGACAUCGACCUGGAGGAAGAAGAGCUUGACACCGACGACCUCGAGGCCGCUGGCUGCGCGGGUUAUCGCGCAGGCAUGAUCCGGCUCGAGCAGGCGCUCCUCUCCCGGGAGCACGCCGAGCGGGACUACGCCGUCCUGGAGGACCGAGUGGCCGACUUCCGCGCUCGUGCUGAGCGUGCCGACGCUGCCGAGGCUCUACUCCGCGCCGAGCGAGGCUCCUCGACAGAGCAAUAUCGUGAUCUUCAAGCUCAGCUCCGGGCGGCACGAGACCAGGUCACUGACUUGACUGCCCAACUCGCGCGCGCUCCUGCUACGCCGCCUCCCUCCAUCGUGUCGCUAGCGCAGCUGUUUGCUGCACAAGGCGAGCGCGACGACGCGCGCGCCGAGCGUGACGACCUUCGCGUCGACCUCGCAGCCGCCCAAGCCGCCCUCGCUCCUGUCCAAGCGCGCGUGGCCGCCGCCGAAGCUGAACGAGAUCACAUGCGGCAGCUCGUGGCCACUGCCGAGCAGCAGCGCGACGCCGCUCUCGCUGAGCAUGACCGCGUGACCCGCGUUCUCAUGGCCGUCGAGCAAGAGCGUGACGGGGCCCUCGACAUGCGAGAUCAAGUGCGUCGCGCCUCCACGGCCCUGAGACGCAUGCGAGACGCUGCUGUCACCGAGAGGGACCGGGCACGCCAAGCCGUGACCGCCCUUGAGCAGCGGCGAGACGCUGCCGUCGCCGAGAGAGAUCAGGCUCGUCAGGCCUUGACCGCUCUGGAGCAGCAGCGCGCCCCUGUCGACGAAGAGCUCCGCGCGGCCCGUGCGUCGCUUUCUCAGAGCCGCAUGGAGAUCGAGGCGGCCCAGAACCUAAACGUCCCGCUGCAGGACGACCUUCGGCGCGUCAACGCGCUCCUCCGCCGCGACGCGACGCGUAUCCACGAGCUGGAGGAGUCCGUGGCUACUGCUACGACUCUCCGUGUGGCCGCCGAGUCCGAGAUGGCGCGGGCUCAAGCCGGCGAACUUUGCGCCACAUCUCGCGCGGCGCAGUAUCGAGCUGGGUGGCUGUCCAUGCGGCGGUCGUCUCAGCAGCGUCGAGGAGCAGUCGGCGCCCAGACCCAUCGUCUCAGCGCUCGUGUCGCCGAGCUGGAGGAGGAGCGCGACUUGGCCAUCCGAGAGCGCGGCGAACGCGCUGUGACUUGGCGUCGGAUGCUUCGAGACGCGCGUCGGGGCCGAGAGCUGGCGCGGCGGGUGUGCGACGAGCUUGCUGAUCGUCUCGCCGGCGUCGUAACGCAU